AUGGCUUCGCCCGGUAAAGUUGGUAUCACCAACCAUACAAAACCUGGAACACGUGAUCUGUUAUGUAAACUGAUAUGUCUUGUCCGAAGAAUAAAAGGAAGAGCCACCACCGUUUUUAAUCUUCUCCAUAAAAAUGGCGGCUACGAGAGUGAUCACUCAGCUCAAACCACCUCUUCUUGUUUCCUUUCCAAACGAUCUUUCCUUCUCCCGGCGAAGAACUUAUGCGCUACCACUCUAUGCUUCAACAGAAGAGCUUUCUCGUUGAAAUCAAAACGACCCUUUUCUUGCAAUGCGAUAUACAACCCUCAGUUAAAGUUGAAAUCCCUAAAGAGUCAAAAGCAAAAAUGGAGGUUGCUACUGAUGAAGCUUCUACUCCUAUUAAGCAAAGAUACUAAGAAGGGAAAGCUCAGAUAUUAUCCGUACAACAUAAACUGGAACUAUGGGUUGCUUCCACAGACAUGGGAAGAUCCAUCUCAGGCAAACUCUGAAGUUGAAGGAGCUUUUGUUGAUGUUGUUGAGAUAGGUGAAGCUCAAAGGAAGAUAGGGGAGGUUCUAAAAAUCAAGCCUUUGGCUGCUUUAGCCAUGAUUGAUGAAGGAGAGUUGGACUGGAAGAUUGUUGCUAUUUCAUUGGAUGACCCUAAAGCUCAUCUUGUCAAUGAUGUUGAUGAUGUUGAGAAGCAUUUCCCGGGUACAUUAACAGCAAUUAGAGACUGGUUUAGAGACUAUAAGAUCCCAGAUGGAAAGCCUGCUAACAGAUUCGGUCUUGGAGACAAACCAGCAUACAAAGACUAUGCUUUGAAGAUCAUCCAUGAAACAAAUGAAUCAUGGGCUAAGCUUGUGAAGAGAUCAGUUGAUGCUGGAGACCUUUCACUUUUUUGA